GAUGAUUAAUCUCUACUAAUUAAGAUGCCUCACCUUAGCUAUGGUGACCUGCAGAGGAUAUUCAAGAAGCUUGACCUGAACGGCGAUGGCUAUGUAAGUAUUAGCGAGCUUCAUUGGGUAUUGGACAGGGUUGGUAUCUGGACAAGCCAAGAGGAGCUCGAAUAUACUUUGGAGAGAGACAAUCUUGAUUUAGAAGAAUUUAUUCGAUUCUAUGAUGAAUCGAUAGCAGCAAAGAUAAGAAGUGAUGGGGAAGAUGAUGAAGCAGAGGAUGAUGAGGAGAGAGAUAGGCUUGAUCUUGUGGAAGCUUUCAAGGUAUUCGACCUGAACAAUGAUGGGUUCAUCUCUAGUGAAGAACUCCAGAGUGUGUUGUCGAGACUUGGGUUAUGGGAGGAGAGUAAGGGAGAUUGUCGAAGUAUGAUUCGAAAAUUUGAUACCAAUUCAGAUGGGUUGCUUGAUUUCGAGGAAUUCAAGGCUAUGAUGUUGCUUACAACUCCAUGAUAUAUAAUUUAA